UCUUCUCUCCAUGCACAAAAGGUUUCAAUGUCGUAGAGCGGGGUGAGUCACCUUUUUUGUCAUAUCUACCCGACCCACCAUGUUCUCUCAAGUGUUCAAAAACCAGUGAGAGCUAUACAACUGGCUUAAAAGAGAAUGUGUUCUUCAGAUCUUCAGAGGAUGAUAAAUCUGCUUUAUCUGUAGAGGAUAGAGUCUUUCUCGACAUAAUGGACAAAGAGGUGUACCUUGAUAAUGAUAACCACUGGGUGGCGCCACUUCCAUUCCGCUCUCCAAGAAAGCAACUCCCGAACAAUAGAGAGCAAGCUAUACAAAGGCUGAACUCGUUGCAGCGCACUCUUUCAAAGAAACCGAAUAUGAAAACGCAUUUCUUUGGUUUUAUGCAGAAGGUGAUUGAAAAUGAGCAAGCAGAACCUGCUCCACCCUUACAAUCAGAGGAAGAAUGUUGGUAUUUGCCAAUUUUUGGAGUUUACCACCCACACAAACCUGACAAAAUCAGGGUGGUCUUCGAUUCGAGCGCUCAGUAUGGAGGGGUGUCCCUUAAUGAUGUUUUGAUGAGCGGACCUGAUCUUAACAAUACCCUUUUGGGUGUGCUGUUGCGCUUCCGUAGGGAGAAAGUAGCUGUGAUGGCGGACAUAGAACAAAUGUUCUAUUGUUUCAAGGUAAAAGAGCAGCAUCGCAACUAUCUUCGCUUUCUUUGGCACAAAGACAACUGUGCAGAAAAGGAGAUCAUUGAUUACAGAAUGACCGUGCACGUCUUUGGCAAUAGUCCUUCGCCAGCAGUCGCUAUAUAUGCCUUAAGGCGAGCAGCAGAGUAUGGCGAAGCAGAUUAUGGUAUGGAUGCUAAGGACUUUGUGUUACGCAACUUCUACGUUGACGAUGGCAUCACAUCUGUCCCUACUGAAAGAGAAGCCAUUGAUCUCCUAAAGCGUACGCAAGCAAUGCUAUCAAAGUCAAGCUUGAAUCUGCAUAAAGUGGCUUCUAACAGUGCUUCGGUGAUGGAAGCUUUUCCAUCUAGUGAGAGAGCCAACGAUCUCAAAGGCCUGGAUUUUGAUAAAGACCCAAUACCUCUCCAACGCAGCCUUGGUAUAAGUUGGAACAUCAAGGCAGACUGCUUCACAUUUAAAGCUUCUCAAGAUCUCAAACCCUUUACUCGAAGAGGGAUCCUUUCCACCGUCAAUAGUUUAUAUGAUCCCCUCGGGUUUGUCUGUCCAGUCACUAUGCAAGGCAAAGCUAUAGUGAGAGAACUUUCAACUAUACAACAGGAUUGGGACACUGUUCUUCCGGCAGACAAAAGAGAUUCGUGGAAGGUAUGGACUUCAUCUUUAGCAGAGCUUGAUCGAUUGCAAAUACCACGAUCUUAUGUCCCAACCUCAUUGUGUGGAGCUCAGGUUCGAGAGUUGUGUAUCUUCUCGGAUGCUUCUAUUUUAGCUAUCGCUGCAGUAGCGUACCUACGAGUAAUAGACUCAAACGGACAGCUUCACGUGGGGUUUGUAAUGGGAAAGUCCAAGUUGGCCCCUUUUCCAGCACAUACUGUUCCACGCCUGGAGUUAUGUGCAGCGGUACUUGCUGUUGAGCUGAUGGAACUUAUAAAGGAAGAAAUUGACAUAGAGUUCCACAAUAUCCAGUUCUACACUGACAGUCGCAUAGUGCUCGGCUACAUUCACAAUGUAACACGCAGAUUCUACAUGUACGUGGCUAACAGAGUUGCACGCAUAAGAAAAACCACGGAACCUAGUCAAUGGCAUUACGUCUGUUCUGAACAGAACCCAGCAGAUCAUGCCACCAGGUUUGUGGCAGCAGCCCACUUACCCCUUACCAACUGGUUCUCAGGUCCAGAGUUCCUUAGGGAAUGUGACCCUAUAGGAUGUAGUUUAGGAGAGUCAUAUGGACUUGUAAAAGCAGAAGAGGAUGUUGAAAUUCGCCCCCAAGUGAACACACUGGCAACUAACGUCAAAGAGGACUUACUAGGCUCAAGCAGAUUUGAACGUUUCUCAAGCUGGAGAUCCUUGGUGAGAGCUAUCACUACUCUGACGCACAUAGCAAAUUCAUUCUCACAAUCUUUUCCUGACACACUCUGUCGAAAAUGGCAUCUGUGUACUAAAACCUCAGGUGUGGAGAUAUCACAAGCCAAGGCGACUAUAGUCAAAACCGUACAACGAGAAGUGUACCAGGAAGAAUUUGAGAGUUUGACUAAGUUUGGUAAAGUCUCGCAGCGUAGCACACUCCUGAGGCUUGACCCCUUUGUGGACAAUGAGGGUCUGUUAAGAGUUGGGGGUCGCAUUCACUGUGCUGACAUCUCUGAUAUAGAGAAGCAUCCCUUGAUAAUCCCUCCCAAUCAUCACGUAACCGGUCUUUUAAUUCAGCAUUAUCAUGAUCAAGUGGCUCAUCAAGGCCGGCAUUUUACUGAGGGUGCUAUACGUAGUGCUGGAUUGUGGAUAGUCAGUGGCAAAAGAUCUGUUUCAAAUAUCAUCCACAAAUGUGUGCUGUGCAAGAAACUGAGAGGUAAGAUGGAGAGUCAGAAGAUGUCGGCUUUGCCCUCAGAUAGAGUUUCUGUAGAUCCACCUUUCACACACACAGGUCUUGAUGUUUUUGGACCAUUCACUGUGGUGACACGUAAGACAAGAGGGCAUAAUGCUGAGAACAAGCGAUGGGCUGUCAUAUUCAGUUGCUUAAAUACCAGAGCAGUUCACUUAGAGGUUGUGGAGUCUCUAUCAGCGUCAAGCUUUAUAUGUGCUUUGCGUCGCUUCUUGGCUGUCAGAGGACCAGUGAAGCACUUUCGUUCUGACAGGGGGACAAAUUUCGUUGGAGCAGUCAAGGAACUCCAAAUUGACAGUAGCGACUCAGAGUUGAAAGGCUUCUUGCAGAAUCAAGGUUGCACGUGGACCAUUAAUGCUCCACAUUCCUCCCAUAUGGGAGGAGUGUGGGAAAGAAUGAUCGGCAUUGCCAGACGUAUUUUGGAGGCUCUCUUGAUGAAAACUCCCACAAGACUCACGCAUGAGGUCUUAACAACUUUAAUGGCAGAAGUCAUGGCCAUCAUGAAUUCCAGACCCUUAAUCCCAAUUUCAUCAGAUACGGGCAUGCCCCAAGUGCUUUCACCAGCAAUGCUCUUAACUCAGAAGGCGAGUGUUGCUCCAGCACCUCCAGGAAAUUUUGAGAUAGGGCACUUGCACAAAAAUCAGUGGCGUCAAGUCCAGAUGCUGGCUGAUUCAUUCUGGAAGCGAUGGAAGCAGGAGUACUUGUCUACCUUGCAACCCAGGAGAAAAUGGACAGAGGAGAGAGAGAGUAUUCAGGAAGGAGACAUUGUUCUGUUGAAGGAUGGGGAAGCUAAGCGCAGUGAGUGGCCAAUUGGUCUCAUAGCAAAGACUGUAGCCUCAUCUGAUGGAAAAAUUCGUAAGGUUAUGGUGAAGACUGCUAAGCAAGGGGUAUUCAGAGAGUACUUAAGACCUAUAUGUGAUGUUGUCUUACUUUUGUCAAAUAAUCGGAAUGCAUAGUGGUAUAACACAAGUUAUACCAGGCGGGGAGUGUUCUGUGCAGUAUUAGUUCUUUCUUUAGUUUCAUUUUGGUUUGUAUAAGUAGUUCAUGUGUGACACCUUGUGGUGAAAAUCGUUAUUACAAUUCUCAGUAGAACGCAACAGGAAGCUCGUAAAACAGUAGAAGAAGAGUCGUUUUCUGUGAUCUGCGUUUUAGAUUCUGUCUAAUCCUUGGAGUAGAUACGACCUUUUACAGUAAAGUAAAGUGCAUCACAUAAGCACAACGAAGAACGUGUGAUGAAGCUUUAUUCCUGUUAGCUAUCUGUCAGUCUUUGGUUUAGAACACCAUUGCCAGGGCAGAAUAC